AUGGAAUCCCCCAACUCGACCACCAAUCACAGCUCGGUUGCAAACAAUCUGGUAACGGUACCGAUUCCGAUCCUCCCGACGGAGGGUACGUAUGCCUACGUGUUUGUCAAGGGAUCGCUAUAUGCCCGAGACAGUGCCAUAUUUGGUUGUUCCACGGACGAAGUGCAGGCACUCUCGAAACGCUUUCAGAUUAGCUCGGUACCAAUCGACAACGGAGUGGUCAUCAAGGUAGCUCCAUCCUUGAUCAUCAAUUCGCUGGCUCAGCUCGGGUACAAAGUAGUCUCGAGCACGGGCGAAACGGAAGUCGUGUGGACGCUACAGCGCGAGCUGUAGGACAAUUUAUUUAAAUGCUACAAACCAGCUUGAAACAAUCAUCCUAGACGUGUAUUAUGUGUUAAAGAAACAAUCUUAGAGAACCGAUAAGGCAAUACCGAAAGAUACGCACGAACUUCACCAUAUUAGUGUAUAUGUAAAUUUUCCCCACUAGCCUUGGACAGGGUAUUCUGGUGUUAUGUAGAGUCGAAUUCACAACAAAAAAUCCAGUCAACAACCAAACUAAUAGUGAUUGUUAUUUUUCAUAUACCUAUCGAUAUAUAUGUGCUCAGUGUCCUUCUAUUGAUUUGAAACCGACCAACGGAGAAGCUGUGUACCAG